UGCGUCUUUUGAUUGGAUUUAAGUUUCACAACUUACGUAGUAUAUCACGUUUUUUUGUACUUAAGUAAUUAUUAUUGACAGGAUAACAUUGUAUCACAGUAGAGGAAAACUGAGAAGAAACUGAAUAUGGGUCGCUACAGGAGUCGUAGCCGUGAUAGAGAUAGGAGACGCAGAUCACGCAGUAGAUCUCGUAGUAGAUCACCAAGGGAUAGAAGAACCUGGGGUAAUAGUGGAGGCAGAGAUAGAGGAGGCGGUAGAAACAGCCGUGGACAACCUGGAGCAAACUUAAGGAAACCCAGAUGGGAUCUGAGUAGAUUAGAACCUUUUAAGAAAGAUUUUUAUGUACCAAACGAUGCGGUUCAGAAUCGUGACCCACGGAUAGUUGAACAAUAUAGAAGUGAAAAAGAGAUUACGCUAAAGGGAAAAAAUAUACCCAAUCCAGUAUUCACAUUUGAAGAAACAGGUUUUCCAGACUAUGUUCUAAAAGAAAUAAAACGGCAAGGUUUUACAGAGCCUACAUCGAUACAAGCACAAGGUUGGCCAAUUGCUCUAAGCGGAAGAGACAUGGUCGGAAUUGCAUCAACUGGUUCUGGAAAAACAUUGUCCUAUAUAUUGCCUGCAAUUGUUCAUAUCAAUAGUCAGCCGAAAUUAGGUCGAAAAGAUGGACCUAUCGCGUUGGUAUUAGCUCCUACUCGAGAACUUGCCCAACAAAUUCAGCAAGUUGCUGAUGAUUUUGGCCAUACUUCAGGCAUUAGAAAUACUUGUCUGUACGGCGGAGCACCGAAAGGUGCUCAAGCUAGAGAUUUGGACGGAGGUGUAGAAAUUGUGAUAGCUACACCAGGUAGAUUAUUAGAUUUCCUCGAAUCAGGACGGACAAAUUUAAAAAGGUGUACCUAUUUGGUACUGGAUGAAGCAGACAGAAUGUUAGAUAUGGGAUUUGAACCUCAAAUUAGAAAAAUUAUAGAGCAAAUUAGGCCAGACCGACAGACGUUAAUGUGGUCUGCUACAUGGCCUAAAGAAGUGAAGAACUUAGCCGAAGAUUUUCUAAAAGAUUAUGCUCAAAUAAAUGUUGGAUCUUUACAAUUAGCUGCAAAUCAUAAUAUAUUACAAAUCAUCGAUGUAUGCCAAGAUUACGAAAAAGAAAAUAAAUUAAGUACACUUUUAAAAGAAAUAAUGGCUGAAAGUGAAAAUAAAACCAUAGUAUUUAUUGAAACGAAACGGAGGGUGGAUGAAAUAACCAGAAAAAUGAAGAGAGAUGGUUGGCCAGCUGUUUGUAUACAUGGUGACAAGACACAGCAAGAAAGAGAUUGGGUUUUACAAGAUUUUAGAUCAGGAAAGGCGCCAAUUCUGGUUGCAACAGAUGUUGCUGCUCGUGGCCUUGACGUUGAAGACGUCAAGUUUGUCAUCAAUUUUGAUUACCCCUCCUGUUCAGAAGAUUAUGUUCAUCGAAUCGGUCGUACUGGUCGUCGGCAAAAAACUGGUACAGCGUAUACCUUUUUUACACCUAAUAAUUCCAAUAAGGCUAACGACCUAAUCCAGGUACUAAAAGAAGCGAAUCAAGUUAUAAAUCCAAAGUUACUGGAACUAGCCGAUAAUAAGAGUGGUGGAUACGGCAGGCACAGAGGUGGAAGAAAUAGAUGGCGGUCUCGGGGUGGACGUAAUGGUAAAGAUCGCAGUUAUUCGAGAAGUAGAAGUAGAAGUCACAGUAGGGAACACAAUGGACGUGGGAAUCGUCGAAGCUAUAGUCGGAGUUAUUCCCGAAGUCGUAGCCCAGUGAGCAAUCGUACAGAAAAUCUGUAUGUUUGUAGAAGUUAUCGGUAAGAGCUACUGGAGCAGUGAGAGAUGAUCUUCCACGAGCGGUUAAGGACCAAACAAUUGCGUACAAUUCAUGUGUUGUUGUUUUUUUUUUUUUUUUUUUUUUUUUACGUCUCUUUUAAAGUAUACCGGAUACAUGUCAUACAAAUUGUAACAUUGGUGUUUUACUAACGUGUAAACGUCGAAUGUGACACACAUACACACACGUUUUUGUGCAUUAUAGUUAAUUGUUAGAAAUCUAAAGAAUAAGUGAACAAUCUUUCCAAAGUAUUAAGAGAAAAAAAAAGGGAGAAAAAAAGUACUAGGUUCAAUUAAAUGCAGUGUUGAUUUUA